CCAGGCUCCCUUGGCGGAUCCCAUCGCUGCAAUGAUGGCCCGCUUUUCAACUAGAAAUACAGUGAAUGUUUCUGGUAGGGGAUGUAAGGGUGUUGCGAUGUCGCGUGGUCAAAUUCGUGCUCAUCUUGAGAUCGAAGGAAGGACAUUAGCAACACUUCCAUCUUCAGCUAAUUCCGAUGAUCGCCACGAGAUGAGAGGGGUAGCACCACCAAGAACGGUUGGUCCUACUCUGAUCAACUGUGUUACUACUGCACAGGAGAUGUUGACUUUCCUUCCUUACCAGACCGUAAAUUACGAGCUGUGGGAUCGUAUAAGAAAGUCAUGGUCACCGAAAGAAGUCGCUGACUUCAUGGUAAGUGUCUUGAAAUCUCUCUACAAGCCCGCUUGGCUCAUCUUAGCAGUCUUACGUUCGACAACUGCAAAGUCCUCGUAGCUACCACCGUACCGCAUUUCACCACAAUCAUGACGGCCGGCCGGCCGAUGUGCCGACACACACUUUCACAACGAAUGUUCCUUCGAACAUGUCAACGAGAGGGAAAACGGACAAGAAGGCAGCCGAUCGACCUCUACACGACUACUUUCUUUAUCAUCUAGGUGAUGGAGUAGUCCAUUAUCCCACUGGUCGCGACGCCCAGCUCCUCACGCGUUGCGUUCAGCAUGCCCGAAACGUG